UCUAGAGUUCCAGCCAUGCUAACUAAAGUGAUGGUUCCUGUUCUUGUGGCAUUUGUCGCGGUUGUGACCAGUGUCUCGGCAGUCACUGCUCAUGAAUCCAUGGUCUGCCCUCUCGUGGACGACAAGGGAGUCAACGCCACAAUCUUCCCUAACGUCUACGACUGCUCCACAUUCUACAUCUGUGCUCAGGGCGUCCCAAAACUCACCGAAUGCCCGCUUCGCCUGCACUUCAACCGCAAGCUGAAGGUGUGCGACUUUCCGUUGCGAGCUGCAUGCGUCGAGCUCCCUCUCCCAGCGCCCGAACCGCCAACUACCGAGGCCCCGCCAGCCACUGAAAAGAUUAUCAUCACGCAAGUCGUCAAACAGAUCGUCAGGACUGUUGACGACGAGGCACCAUCAUCAUAGGCAAUAAAAUCUGAAGAACGGCACAA